UUGAAACUUUCUGUCACUCUUUAUAUUGAUGACUUUGAAGUUUGUAAUCCUCUAGGAACUUCUAGAACGAAGCACAAACUUUGUGCUAUGUACUGGAUUUUAGGCAACUUACCCCCAGGUCAGCAGUCCUCUUUAUCAUCUAUCUAUUUGGCUUUGCUGUGUAAAAGUAAACAUAUCAAGACUUAUGGAUAUGGUAAAGUGCUUGAACCUCUCUUGCAUGAUUUGGUUGUAUUGGAAAAGCAUGGAGUAUUUGUCCCAAAGAUGGGAAAAAAUAUUAAAGGCACUGUACAGUCUGUAGUUGCAGACAAUCUGGGUGCCCAUGGGCUUGCAGGCUUUGUAGAAAAUUUUUCUGGAGAGUACGUGUGCCGAUUUUGCACCGGCAGUUUCAGUGAAAUUCAGUACAAGCAGGUUCUGUCAGGUGAUUUUCGUCUAAGAUUUAAAGAAAGCCAUAAUCAACAUGUGAAAAGUGCAGAGGAGGUUGGAAAACCUUGUGUUGGAGUGAAAAGGGCAUGUGUGCUGACAGAGACUCUUUCUCAUUUUAAUGUCACAACUGGAUAUCCUCCUGAUAUACUCCAUGAUCUGUUUGAGGGUAUUGUUCCAGUGGAACUUGCACAGUGUCUGGGUACGUUAAUGUCCAAAAAAAUACUUUUCUUUGGAUACUCUAAAUAAGGUAAUCCUCAAUUUUCCCUACAAGGGAGAUGAUAAAACAAACCGCCCCCAUAUUGUGCCACAGUCAUUUAAAAACAAAAACACAAUUGGUGGCAAUGCUGCUGAAAACUGGACUCUCUUAAGGUUGUUGCCUUUCAUGAUUGGAGAAGUUAUACCUGAAGGGGAAUCAGUGUGGCAGAUUAUCUUGGAUUUAAAAGAGAUUGUGGAACUUGUAGUUGCCCAGGUACAUACAGAAGAAUCCAUUGGAUAUCUUCAGUGCAAAAUUUCUGAUCACAGGCAAAAAUACCAAGAAGCAUUUCCUAAUCAGAAACUUUUGCCCAAACAUCACUACUUGGAGCAUUACCCUCACAUGAUCCAGUGUUUUGGCCCUUUGGUUGGCCUGUGGACCAUGCGAUUUGAGGGCAAACACAGCUUUUUUAAAAAUGUUGCUCAUCAUAGCAAGUGUUUCAAGAAUAUUGCUUUGACACUGGCAAAGAAACAUCAGCUGAUGAUUGCCUAUCACUUACACUCAUCGACUUCACGUAAACCUGGCUUUGAAGUUUCAGGUGCCUCGAGAGUUCCUCUUGAGGUACUAAAAGAGGAGGUAUCAUUGCCUAUCCAGCAGAUGUACCCAGCAAUAGCAGAAGUAGACAUGGCAAAAAGUGCAGAUUGCAAAGGGAUCUGCUAUAGAACAGGAAUGAUGGUCAUCUGUGAAUUUACUGAUGGGCUGCCUGAAUUUGCACAGAUAAUAAGGAUAUGUAUACUUCAGGAUACAGUUAAUUUCAUAGUCAAGAAGUUCUCAGCUUGGUUUAGAGAGCACUAUCGGGCCUUUGAACUGCAACCAUGUCCAACUGGUCAAAUGUUCCUGAUAUCACAUGAUGCCCUGACCGAGAAGUACCCACUACAUGACUACUUCGUUGGGCCGCUCCGACUGGUUACAUUUAAAAGAUAUCCUUAUAUCAAAAGUUGAAGUGUUUGCGUGAUGGCUGCACCGGUGAAACUGCGGAUUAUCCUUGGUGCCAAUAAUGCUGAAAAGCUGACCAUAGAAUCGGGUAUGCCAAAUUCUGUGAAGGAUCUUUCAAUUGAGAUCAAACGUCAGUUUGAUAUAGAGGGGGAAAUUAGACUCCAGUACAUGGACACCGACUUUGAUAAUAACUUUGUUAACCUUAAUCAAAUUAGUGAAAUACAAGACAAGAGUACAGUGAAAGUCAUCUUAUUGUCAGAUGCGCCAGAUGUCAGUCAGUCAGUCAACAGUUUGAACCAGAGUGGUGAGGACACAUCUUCAUCCUCUACUGACACUGUAAUACUCCCCUCCCCUGACUCAGGGACUGCCCGAUCACAGUGGCCUACAGAAUUUCAAAUACCUACGUUUCCAUAUGAUGUGGAGAUGCAACUUCAAAGUGCAAACCAGGCCUUCAUGUCAAACAGAGUUUUCCUAAACCCCAGCCACAAACUGAAGUCGGACAUCUUGGAAAGUCUGGCUGAGAAAAUAAUUAAGUUCAAGGCGUAUCCUUCAAAUUUGGAAAUAGAAUCUGUUGCUGAAGCUUUAAUCAAAGCUCACCCAUGUUUGAGGGAACAGGGAUCCUCUAGUGGUUACUAUGGAUGGAAAAUUAGCCUCAAGUACAAGAUGGCCAACUAUAGGACAAAAUUAAGAAACUUGGGGUGCCCAGAAAUGAGCAUUAAUUCCCUCAAAAACAAACCUGCAGAUAAGUGCCAGCCGGCCUAUAAGGUUAAAAAACCCAGAAAGGCAGAAGUAAAUUUCUGCCCCCCUUUUCCUGCUGGCGAGACCCAGGACAGCCUUGAAGGCGAAAGAGUGUCACUAUUGUCUGAGGUCAAAAAAAGACACAACAAUGCAGUUAUUAAGGAGAAGAUGGCCAAGACCUUUGCGUACAGGAGACGGGAGGUAGUCAGAGACCAACCCAUGAUAUCGGAGUUCAAGACCAGAUGGCCAGGACUGUUCACUGUGCCUGAGGUGGAAGCAGAAUUUCUGAGAAUUACCACUGUUCCCCUCGUCACAAAGUUUUUUGCACAACUUGACCACCACGCUGAUCAGCUCAUCAGAGUGCUGAAGAAGGCAGGUGGAUCUAAAGGACCUCAUCUUUGCACCGACUGCACGGAAUGAAACCGUUGAAAGGAAGAGGGAGUGCCUCCUCCGGGCACUUUGUAUCUAUCUAAAUGAAAAUCCGAGCAGUCUCUUCAAAGAGUAUAUGGAUUCAGAUGGCUGUACUGCCCAGAGGGAGCUUGAUGAACUUGUCUUUGGCAUCUACAGCAUUAAUGCUGAGGGAGGUGAUGCCAACAGCACUCCAGUUGAUGUUGGAAUAGUGAUCGAGGGUGUUGAAGUGCUUCAUGACUUGGGAGACAUAGCUUCUGCAUGUGCAAUCUUAAUGGGUGUCAUAUAUGCAAUGAACCUCAGCUAUCCUCAGGAACUAAAAAUGUUCUUUGAGGUGCUUCAGAAAAUCUUCCUGCAGCUGGAUGCUUCCAGACUCUCACCCAAGGUACAGAUGCUUAAAAACAAACUUUAUGAGUGAACCAACAUUGAAAGUUUGGCGUUUUACAUGAAGGACUGAUUUGCACUUGAAUCAAAUUUUAUGAGUGAACCAACGUUGAAAGUUUGGCGCUUUACAUGAAGGACUGAUUUGCACUUGAAACAAACUUUAUGAGUGAACCAACAUUGAAAGUUUGGCGUUUUACAUGAAGGACUGAUUUGCACUUGAAACCAUUGAAUUGAAAAAAUAAAGCUUUUUUUUUCUUUUUUUUGUGACGCGCACCACUGUUCUGGGUGACAUGUUUCUUUGUCAUGUAACGCGUGUCAAGAAUUUUUUUCACAGCAUUAAUGCUGAGGGAGGUCAUGCCGCCACCACUCCAGUUUACAGUGUUAAAGUGAUAGAGAGUGUUGAAGUGCUUCACACUUAAGUUCAUUUACCAUUUUAUAUUUUAUUGUGUGUGUGGCAUGCACCAGUGUUCUGGUUGACAUGUUUCUCUGUCAUGUAUGUACUUAAACAAUGAGUGAACCAACAUUGAGCACUUAAAACUUUGUUAAAUGCCUGCUUUGUACUUGAAACCAUUUUAUUGUAAACACUUAAAAGUUUGUAUUCAUUUGAUCUUUUUUGUGUGGAUGCAACAGUGUUCUGGGUGACAUGUUUCUCUGUCAUAUAUGUACUUAAAGUUUUAAGUGCUCAAUGUUGGUUCACUCAUUGUUUGUUAAACACCACAAACGCCUGCUUUGUACUUGAGACCAUUUUGUUGAAAACACUUAAGAUUGUAUUCAUUUGAUCUUUUUGUGUGGAUGCAACAGUGUUCUGGUUGACAUGUUUCGCUGUCAUGUAUGUACUUAAUGAGUGAACCAACAUUGAGCACUUAAAACUUUGUUAAACGCCACAAACACUUGCUUUGUACUUGAAACCAUUUUAUUGAAAACACUUGAAAAAUGGAAUUCAUUUGAUCUUUUUUGUGUGAAUGCAACAGUGUUCUGGGUGACAUGUUUCUCUGUCAUGUAUGUACUUAAAGUUUUAAGUGCUCAAUGUUGGUUCACUCAUUGUUUGUUAAACACCACAAAC